UACGCGAGUAGGCGGAACUCCAUCAAAGAAAUUCAGGUACGUAACACAUCUGGCUAGCCAGUAUUAUUCGAGUUGCUGUGUAAAUCUUCCAAGUGGAGAUGAUGACAGCGACACAUUCACAUUCUUCUGGAGUCAUGUCUGAGGAACAUGCCAAGAAAGUGCUACAUGGCCAGUGGGGACGGGCUUGGCAAGUGGACUGGUUUUCCCUCAUUAGUGUGAUCCUGCUACUGUGCUUUGCACCCUUCAUUGUUUUCUUCUUCAUCAUGGCAUGCGAUCAAUAUCAGUGCUCCAUCAGCCAUUGCCUGAUUGACCUUUACAACGGUGAUUCUACCCUGCUUUCUAUCUGGGACCAAAUACCCUCCAUCACAUGGACAGCAGCUAAAGUAUAUUCAAUUUGGGUGAUUUUCCAGGUUGUGCUAUACAUGUGUUUCCCAGACAUUACUCACAAGUUUUUGCCUGGCUAUGUCGGAGGAGUUCAAGACGGGGCAAGAACCCCUGCAGGUCUCAUAAAUAAAUACCAGAUCAAUGGACUUCAGUCCUGGAUCAUCACCCAUCUGCUGUGGCUUGCAAAUGCCAGUUACUUCCACUGGUUCUCUCCAACUAUAAUCAUUGAUAACUGGAUUCCAUUGCUAUGGUGCACCAACAUUCUGGGUUACUCCGUCUCCACCUUUGUAUUCAUCAAAGCACACCUGUUCCCAACCAAUCCAGAGGACUGCAAAUUUUCUGGAAACAUAUUCUAUGAUUACAUGAUGGGAAUUGAAUUUAACCCUCGAAUUGGGAAAUGGUUUGACUUCAAGCUCUUCUUUAAUGGUCGACCUGGGAUAAUUGCUUGGACUCUCAUCAACCUGUCUUAUGCUGCUAAGCAAAAGGAGUUGUAUGGUUAUGUCACAAACUCCAUGAUCCUAGUCAAUGUGCUCCAGGCUAUCUACGUGUUGGACUUCUUCUGGAAUGAGGCUUGGUACUUGAAGACCAUUGACAUAUGCCAUGACCACUUUGGAUGGUACCUUGGCUGGGGGGACUGUGUUUGGCUGCCUUUCCUUUAUACUUUACAGGGGCUUUACCUGGUCUACAACCCCAUCCAGCUCAGUAUACCUCAUGCUUCAGGUGUUCUUAUGCUGGGCCUCGUGGGUUACUACAUCUUUCGUUCAACUAACCACCAGAAGGACCUUUUCCGUCAGAGUGAAGGAAACUGCAUUAUCUGGGGUGAAAAACCCACAUUCAUUGAAUGCAAGUACCACUCCUCUGAUGGCAACACUCACAAAAGCAAGCUGCUAACUUCAGGAUUUUGGGGUCUGGCUCGCCACUUCAACUACACUGGUGACUUGAUGGGUUCCCUAGCCUACUGUGCGGCUUGUGGAGGGACACACCUGCUGCCAUACUUCUAUUUUGUAUACAUGACCAUUCUGUUGGUACACCGCUGUGUGCGAGAUGAGCACCGUUGCAGUGCCAAAUAUGGUCAUGACUGGAAGCGUUACACAGAUGCUGUGCCCAGCCGACUUAUUCCUGGAAUAUUCUAGAGGAUAAAAGAGAUCAUUGAGGAUAGUGCUGUGUUGAAGAUGGUGUUAAAUCAUGACCCGUGAAAAAAAUGGACAUACUGCCAAAGGCAACUUACAAAAAACACUGAAUAACCAUAAACAAUGUGCAUGUUGCACAGAGAUACAGCAGAGGUACAGACUUCUCCAGCCCUCCCCUAUCAUUAUGUGAGAUAAGUAACAGUGUAGGUAUAGAUACAAGGAUAUCUUUGUCACAUAGAUACAAGGUUUAUUUGUCACAUACAUGAAAUCAUGUGUUAAGUAAAUAAAUAAUAUUUUUACUUUGGAA